AAGCGUUAGCAGUAUUAUGGGACGUAGAUGAUGAUAAAUUACUCGAUCUUUUGACGAUGGAGGAGAAAUUAACCACAGUGGAUAGUAUCGUGCAGCAAAUAGCAAGAAAUUACAAGUCAUAUUUUGGAGGAACAUAUAUAGAUAUAAAAGCAGAAAAGGUAUAUGUCAAUACAGUGAACUCUUCUGCAACUUCCAUUAUAACAAAUUCGCCUAGUAUAAUUCGAAAUAAUUACACUGAUUUUAUUGAAUUUAAACCUGCAAAUAAUUCUUUGACUAUAUUAACAGACCGCUUUGAUGAAAUAUAUGUUCUAGUCAAAAGAUUCAAACCAGAUAAUCAAGACUUUAUAAGAGUCGCUAGUAAAUACCAUCCAACUUUAAUUGUACCUGACAAACCUGUUCCACACCCUAGUUGCAGUAAUAAUGCAAAAGACAAUCGGAUCCUAAAUCGAGAUCUGAUAAAACGUAAGAUCUUAUAUGGAGAAG